AUGGAUACAAAUUAUUUAAUUGAACUUCGACGAAAAUUUGAAACAUUACGACGACCUAUAGGUUUUAAUUAUGCUCAUUUUUUACUUAUAUAUUUAUAUAAUUCAUCAUCAUCAUCAUCGUCAAUUAUAAAAACAUAUCCAUUAUAUUCAAUUUUUGAUCGACUUCAACGUAAACUUAAUCUUAAUGAACAAGAUAAUCAUCAAAUAAUAAUUAAUGCAAUAAAUGUUAUUUUAACACAAAAUGAUGUUUAUCUUACAGAAACAGUUGAACAAACACAUUUAAAUAUUCGUACAUAUCCAAUAUUAUGUUUAUUUCGACUUUAUUCACCAAUUCAUUUAAUUUUAUUUAUGGAACCAUUGAUUUUAUUAAAUGAUGAAGGAUUAACUGCUAAAAUAAAAAAAAUAUUUGCUAAUGAAUAUCCAAAAGAUAAAUGUGAUUAUGUUCAUUUUUGUAUUGCUCAUAGAAAAACAAAUCUUAUUAUGAAUUUUCUAUCUGGUAGUAUUCAACAAGAAGAAAAUAAUGAUAAUUGGUUAAUUAAAAAAAUUAAUGCACCAAGUGAUCGAUCAUGGUUACCUAUUCAUUAUGCAUCAUAUAUUGGCGAUCGUGAUUUAAUUGAAAAAUUAUGUACAAAAUAUUCUGAAUUAAUGAAUCCACUUUAUUUUGUUCUACCAAAAUCUCGAAUGCGUGAUUUUUCUGAUAGUCCAUUUGAUUAUUUAUUACGUGCUAGUGGAAUGAAAACACAUCUUACAAAUAUAGGCAAUACUAUUGUUAAUCUUGAUGAUAAUGAUAUUGACAAUGAUUCACCAAUUUUACCUCUUAUGAGUGAUGAUGAAGAUGAUGAAGAACUUUUAUUAUCAUCUCCACUUUUAAUUGAACAAAAUAAAGAUGAACGAACAGAUAGUUUUCUAGAAGAUCAACAUGCUAUGGAAGUUGCAGAUGCAGAUAUUCCAGAUGCUGAUCUACUUGGUAUUUAA